GUCAGGCCUUGGGUCGCUCUCGAAGCCUCCAUGGAGGAGCUGUUGCCCACCGUUUUGCUGCCCGGCGAAGCCGAAGCGUUGGUGGAGUCGCUGAGGAAUUUUCAGCUGCGGGAUAUCGGGGAUUACGGAUGGAUACGGCAACAUGAGUACAUUGAGAAACUGAACAUGCAGGCUGUAUUGAGUGCUUCUUCUGGGCAAGAGCAGUUCCUCAUUGAGCUUCUGGUGAACAAUGCCAAGAUUCCAAUUCUCAUUCAGGAAUUAAUCACUGUGGAGAUCUGGAAGCAAAAGAUCUUCCCUAUACUAUGUAGGCUGGAGGAUUUCAAACCAAAAAGCACCUUUCCCAUAUACUUAGUGGUGCGUCAUGAAGCUUCAGUUAUUAACCUCUUGGAGACAGUGUUCUUUCAUAAGGAAAUCUGUGAAUCAGCAGAGGAUACCAUUCUGGACUUGAUAGAUUACACCCAUAGGAAGCUGACCCUAUUAGCAGCUCAAAGUUCCAGUGGAAAGAUACCAGUGGAACAGAAGCUUCAGCGUGAGGAUCUUGCUAAUCUUUCAUCAAUGCAGGAGUUAAAGAAGCAAGCUGAAGAUAUGGAGUUUGAGAUCUCCCUGAAAGCUCUAUCUGUGUUCCGCUUCAUCACUGGUUUGAUAGAGAGCUUGCCAGUGAGUGCUGUGACAAGGAUGCUGAAUACCCACAACUUUCCGUGUCUUUUGGUACAGUUGGUAGAGCAUUGUCCAUGGAGCUAUCGUGAGGAAGGGAAGCUGAAGAAGUUUGAGAACGGUGCAUGGUAUGAGGUGCCCCGUGAAGACCAUGUGAAGAUUACUAAAUUAGAUGGGCAAGUGUGGAUUGCUCUGUAUAACAUACUUCUUAGCUCAGAAUGCCAGCGCAAAUACAACUUCAAUAAUUUCAGCAAAGGCCAGCUCCUGAAGCUCCGUGCUUUCCUGACUGAAGUUGUCAUUGAUCAAUUCCCCAAUCUUUUGGAGAUUCAGAGAUUCCUGAGCCAUCUUGCUGUGACAGAUCCUGAUCCACCUAAGAAGGACCUCAUACUAGAGCAGGUUCCUGUAAUCUGGGACCAAGUUGUUGGAGAGAACUCUGGAAAAUGGAAAGCAAUUGCCAAGCACCAGGUAAACAAUAUGUUUAGCCCUUCAGAAGAGGAACUGAAAAGCCAGGCUCGCAGAUGGGCAAAGACAUACAACCUAGAUGUAAUGGAAGCCCUGAUACCAGACAAACCAAAGUGUGCAAUGUGUGGUUUUGAGGCAGCAAAACGCUGCUCCCAUUGCCGGAAUGAAUGGUAUUGCAAACGAGAGUGUCAGGUGCAACACUGGCAGAAGCACAAGAAAGCUUGCAACUUGAUGGCUGAUACCCUGAAGAAAAUACAGGAAGACAUACAAACGCCCACCAACUAAUUCCUAUGAGCAGAAGAUUUUUCUCCUGUUCCUCUUUUGACAAAUAGGCAAAAUUCAAACUUUCAGAUUAGAAGAAAGCCUCCAAUUAACAUAUGCAGGAAGCCUCAUGAUCAUCAGGUUUAACAGAUCUUAGCCGAAUACAACCUAGAAAGGAAGAAAAUGAUUCUCUGACACUAGGAGAGAUCAUACUGAGCCAACUUAGUAGAGAAAUACCCCUAGGGACACAAGGCUUAGCCUCUCUCCCCUAUGCCAAUUGAAUCGCAAGACACCACAGCUGCUUGUGUCUCCUGGAUUGGGGAGGUUUUAAAUUGCUGCUGGACUAUUCCUACAGUGGUGGCUGAGAGCUGUAGAUCUAUUUUAUUUCCAAAUAAACUAGUGACAAAUACUAAUCAGUACUGAAUUCCCUAGGAAUUUGGAUGACCUGAAUUUUGGUUGUGCUACAAGUGGAGAUGGUUCUUUGCUUUGAUUUUGAGCAGAAUUCUUAAGCUUUGGGGGUCAUUUUGCAUACUGCCUUAGACCAAGUGCCUGCUACAUGCUCAUGGCAUGAAAACUAACUAGAGCCUCUGCAACGGUAAAUAACACCAGAGAUGAUAAAGUUGACAUUCAAGUCUUUUCUUCUUGUAAACAGAUAUACUCACUGCUGCCAACAGUAUCUGCUUUGAGAACAAAAAAACUGUCCUUAAAUUUUGAAAAGAGCCUUUCUGGAAGAUUGUCAUCAUUAAACCUAGAAGACAUAGCUCAUCCCUUCUGAACUGUUUCAUAAUACAUUCUAUGCUGUUGGACACUAUCGAGAUCAGACUUCACUGUCUGGUUUUUCAAUGAGAAAAAAAUAUUAAAAAAAUAUUCAGCCCACUUUUCAGUACAGUGGAAUGUGCAGACACAUUUUGACCUGUUUCAUGUCACAGCCAAUUGCUGGGUUAUUUGCCAUGGGCAAUUGUUGUAUUAACUCUAACACAUAAGUAAUCCAGAGUUUUUGGUUUUGGAUGUCCUGUAAUAACCCAGGAAUGGGUCAUUCCUCUGUUUAUUGAAAACAGAAGUGGUGAGCAGCACACUUCCUCACUCCCCAUGCCCCACCAAUUUCUGAGUUAAACUUUCAACCCAGGAAUUGGCCAUGAUGUCUCUCUCUUGCUCUCACAUGUGCACACACACACAGAGUUUUCCUGUAUUUUACAAAGGUUCUAUAUAAGAUUUGAGGAAUUUAAGUGAAGUUUUUAAAUUAUAGAUAUCUCCAGAAUAUUGGAACCUCAGUCUUGUUCAAACCAAUUGGAUAUAAAUUUAUUUCAAACCAUAAGUUACAUGAUAUAUAUAUAUACAUAUAUAUAUAUAUGUGUGUGUGUGUGUGUGUGUGUGUGUGUGUGUGUGUAUAUGUAGGGAGAGUGCUUAAUCUUUAAUCUGCUCAAAAUCACCAUCCACCUAUGCAGCUUCCCCCUCCCCUUGCAGCUUCAAAUAUAUGUUUGCAAGGACUACAGUUACAUUCGUGUAUAUGUUGUUUAGUCUUAAUUUAAGGCAAUUAGAUCAAUAAAACUUAGUUGCAAUUAACUUUCUCCAGAUCAAAGCCUUGGCAUUUGCAAAUCCUUUGCUGUGUCAAACUACCUAACAUGUCUUUGGUACUAUUGAGGUGAGAAGAGUGGAGGGGGCUGAUAGGCAGCUUUACAAACCGUCCCAUCUAGCUGCUGAAUUGCAGUGUUACUGAGAGCAAAGCUAAGUGAGGAGAAGGGGAAAGGAUGUGGUUAAUUAAUGAAUUUCAGUUUGCUGAGCUGUAUGGUUUCAGUUGAGAGUAUAACACAUGACAUCUUUGUUGCUGCUGAGAAAGUUGACUGUUAUUUAUUCUUUGUUUUUUGUUAAAAAUUAAACUGAUAAUCCAUGUA